CUAUCUUGAGUGUUACUCUGAUUUACUCAUGUCUAUUCAAUCUAGAUCGUUUCUUACGUAGUUCAUUAUGUGUGACCCCCGCCACCUCGAACCUUUUCUAAUCAAUCACGUAUAUACCCUCAUCAUUCCUUCUGCCUAUACGAAACCGAUCCCUAGAUAUAUACAGACAAUGGUUAUAUGAAUCGGAAAUAUUUCCCAUAGAUGUCACUCUUCGGAGUGUUAACGGUACUCUGACAGUCGCACUUCAAACACGUCCACGGCCAUGGUCGGUGACACCAUUCCUAAACUCGCGGUUCUCAUUGACGCGGAUAAUGCUCGGCCCUCCGUUGUGGAUCGCCUCCUCUCCGAGAUCGCGAAAUAUGGUACAGCUCAUGCAAAGCGGGCAUAUGGGGACUGGACUACAACCUAUCUAAACGGCUGGAAGGACGAGCUCCUUAAACAAUCGAUCCAGCCCAUCCAGCAGUUCGCGUAUACCCACGGAAAGAAUGCAACUGACUCAGCUAUGAUUAUCGAUGCGAUGGAUCUUCUGUACUCCAACCGGUAUGAUGGGUUCUGCCUUGUCUCAAGCGACAGUGAUUUCACUCGGCUGGCUGCCCGUAUCCGCGAGUCAGGACUAAUUGUAUAUGGAUCCGGGGAGAGUCACACACCCAAGCCCUUCGUCGCUGCCUGUAGCAAGUUUGUUUACACAGAAAACCUCGUGCAUCUUGACAAGCUUGUGCCGCACGCCGACAGUGUUGCCGUGCCUGAACGUCAUUCAUCAGCUCUACAAGCUCACAAAGAUGACGACUUGGCAGGUCGGUUGCGAACAGCGGUAGAAGCCGCCUCGGAUGAUGAUGGGUGGGCAAGGCUUUCUCAGGUGGGCCUGCUGCUCACAAAAAAGCACCCUGAUUUCGACUCUCGUACAUAUGGAUACCAUAAGCUCAGCGAUCUUAUCGGCUCCUCGUCUUUCUUUGAAACCACCCGCCGCUCGUUUCGAAAGGGGUCACCCGCGGAGAUCACAGUACGCGAUAAGCGUCGGAACCCUAAGAGUUCUGCUAAUUAGGUGGAUACGAGUUGCUUCUCUCUAUUUGCCUUUAUCCAAUCUAUUAGCAAUUCGUAGUAAGUUUUAUGUAUAUUGUUUUUCCUUUUCCUUUUCCUUAAUAAUUGUACCAAGGCGAUUUCUAGCUAUAGGCGCGCCUGAAAUCUCAUCCCAUACCUCACACAUUAUUAUUUGAAAGGAGUAGGUGCUAAAUCGUUUUUUUAUUAUAUUACGUAUGUACAGUCAUCAUCAAAGUCAAUUUACCCACGAAGAUAUAAUUAUUUCCAAGUCAGGCAACAUAAGGUCGAGGCACGUAGUAAGAUACAUUCUGUAUAAUAAAAUAGCCACUCAAAGGUAGUUACCCGUGAUAUCGCACAGUACAAUAAAUCUCGUGGUCAGUUAGUUAUACUACAGUGGAAAC